AUGUCAGAGAUCGAAAAGGCCUUAGUAGAACUGAAGUCUCUUAUGAAAUACCGUGCUGGCCAGCUUGGCUAUGAUGAAGAUUUUCGCGGCUUGGGAUUGACUAGUCGAAAGAACCUAUGCCUCCAUCCAUCAGUAAAAAGAGAAAAGAGUGGAUCUAUUGUGGACGCCCGUUGUCGGAGCCUCACUGCUGGCUUUGUCAAAGAGAAGAAGGAUAGGGGUGAGAGUGUGGACGUUUGUGUAUACCAUGAUAAUCUCGACCUUCUCGAACCCCAUAGCCUGAUUCCAAAUGGCGUUUGGACUUUCGACGAUAUUUUACGAUAUGGAGAAGAACACAAGCAGUGCCCAUAUUUUACUGCAAGACGGAUGAUGCAAUACUGCAAUGUCGUCAUUUUCUCAUAUCACUAUCUUCUUGACCCGAAAAUUGCGGAGCGAGUAUCUCGAGAUUUUUCCAAGGAUUGCAUUGUUGUCUUUGAUGAAGCUCACAAUAUUGACAAUGUAUGCAUCGAGGCCCUUAGUACUGACAUCACAGAAGACUCGCUGCGCAGGGCCAGCAGAGGGGCACAAAAUCUCGAGCACAAAAUCACUGAAAUGCGGGACACGGAUCAAGAACAGCUUCAGAAUGAAUAUCAAAAAUUGGUUCAAGGCUUGCGUGAAGCGGAUGAAGCUCGCCAAGAAGAUGCUUUUAUGGCGAACCCUGCUCUGCCAGAAGAUCUUUUGAAAGAAGCUGUGCCUGGAAAUAUCAGGAGAGCGGAGCAUUUUGUUGCCUUCCUCCGAAGAUUCAUUGAAUACCUCAAGACGAGAAUGAAAGUGCGACAGGUCAUUUCAGAGACUCCACCCUCUUUCCUUGCACAUUUGAAGGAACAUACCUUCAUUGAAAAGAAGCCUCUGAGGUUCUGUGCCGAACGCUUGACGUCGCUUGUGCGGACGCUCGAGCUUACCAACGUUGAGGACUACCAGCCACUGCAAGAAGUAGCUACUUUUGCAACCCUGGUUGCAACCUAUGAGAAGGGGUUCUUACUUAUACUUGAGCCCUAUGAAUCAGAUACGGCAGAGGUUCCCAACCCUAUUCUUCAUUUUACCUGCCUUGACGCCGCAAUUGCCAUUCGCCCGGUUUUCGAAAGAUUCUAUUCUGUUAUCAUAACUUCUGGGACCAUUUCUCCUCUAGAAAUGUAUCCGAAAAUGCUGGACUUUUCGACAGUGAUUCAAGAGUCAUAUAGUAUGACACUGGCGAGGCGAUCUUUCUUGCCCAUGAUUGUAACACGGGGCAGUGAUCAAGCCUCCAUCUCGACCAGCUUUCAGGUUCGUAACGAACCAAGUGUGGUCCGAAAUUACGGAAGUCUCUUGAUUGAGUUCGCCAAAAUCACACCCGAUGGCCUAGUUGUCUUUUUCCCAUCAUAUCUAUAUAUGGAAUCCAUUAUAAGCAUGUGGCAAGGGAUGGGUAUCCUCGAUGAGGUUUGGAAAUACAAACUUAUUUUGGUAGAAACGCCAGAUGCUCAGGAAACAUCCUUAGCCCUUGAAACCUAUCGCACUGCUUGCUGUAACGGCAGAGGGGCGAUCCUACUAUGUGUGGCGCGAGGAAAAGUCUCAGAGGGCAUUGAUUUUGAUCACCAGUAUGGUCGAACGGUACUUUGCAUCGGCGUGCCGUUUCAAUAUACGGAAUCCCGAAUUUUGAAGGCUCGUCUCGAAUUCUUGCGAGAGACAUAUCGUAUUAAGGAAAACGACUUCCUUUCAUUCGACGCCAUGCGCCAUGCUGCGCAAUGUCUUGGGCGUGUGCUACGAGGAAAGGAUGACUACGGAAUCAUGGUCCUUGCCGACCGCCGAUUCCAAAAAAAAAGGACGCAAUUGCCCAAAUGGAUUAAUCAAGGCCUUCUGGAUGUUGACGCGAAUCUCAGCACAGACAUGGCGGUGAGUAGUGCAAGGCGGUUUCUGCGAACCAUGGCACAACCAUUUCAUGCCAAGGAUCAAGAAGGUAUUAGCACUUGGGAUUACGAAGAUCUUCAAAGGCACAAGGAAAGAGCUGAUGUAGAGAAGAUUCGUGAACUUGAAGACGCAGCAAAGGAUCUGGGAUCCCAGAAUAUUGCUGCACUUAAUAACUCCGAAUUUGAUGACGAAGAGCUAGACCAAGAUAUGAUGGAGCUGGACGACUUCUAG